AUUGCGAGAUCAUCAGGCAUCAUCGGGGUCUCUCUCACUCUCACUUCCGCACUCACUCUCCCACGUCUCUCGUUCACAGUCGUUCGCUCUUUUUAUCUGAUCCCCCCGGUUUCCCCUAUCUACCCCUAUCCCCUCAUCCCCUCACCACCACCUCCUAAUCCAGAAAAGUGAAAAGACCCCCCACCAUCGAUGCGCCACUCCACCGACAAUGUGGUGGUCAUCACGUUUUCUUAGCGUUCUGAUCGCCUGUACGGCCGCCUCCGUCGUCUCGGCCACCCGCCUGAUCGAAUCCAAUGCGCUGAGUCUCUGCCAGAACAGUCCGAACUUCACGGCCACGUACUUCAGCGUCCGCUUCACCCCCAACAACCGGUCCCUCGCCCUCAGUUUCGACGGCGUGGCCGCGAUCUCCGGCUAUGUCACCGCGGACAUUGUCGUCAACGUUUAUGGCUAUGAGCUGACCACCGAAUCCCUGAACCCAUGCACGAUGAAUCUGGCCGGUCUCUGCCCCAUGAAUGCGGGGAAUAUCAACGUCCCGAACGCCAACAUCGAUAUCCCCGAGAACGUCGUCAAGAGGAUUCCAGGAAUUGCGUACACCGUCCCGGAUCUGGACGCCUCCGUUCGCAUUUACAUCAAUUCCACCGACGCCGGCGGGGAGAGUAUCGCCUGCAUCGAAGCGAGCCUGUCGAACGGGAAGACCGUCUACCAGAAAGGUGUGGGAUGGGCCACGGCGGUCAUAUCGGGGGUCGGCUUGAUCGCAUCGGCGGUCACGGCCAGUCUGGGCAAUUCCAACACCGCCGCCCACGUCGCCGCCAACGUUCUGUCGUUCUUCGGGUUCAUGCAAGCGCAGGCCAUGUUCGGGAUGAUCUCCGUGCACAUGCCCCCCAUCGUCGCCGCGUGGACGCAGAACUUCCAGUGGAGCAUGGGGAUCAUCCGGGUCACCUUCCUGGAGAAGAUCUGCACCUGGUACCAGCGCGCCACGGGCGGCACGCCGAGCACGGUGCUCUCCGAGCUGUCGACCGUCUCGGUGGAGGUUAUGCGGCGCAGGAAACGCUCGAUCGAGGGGGCGGCGACGGCGGCGGCCGUCCGCCUCUUCAAGCGCGCCGACGGGCAGUCGGCGACCGCGAAAACCGGCACGGUCGUCGUCCGCGGCAUCAAACGCGUCGGGUUCACGGCCCACAUUGAAGGCACCAACAUCUUCCUGACGGGGCUGAUUUUCUUCGUCUUCUUCGUCGCCGUCGUGAUGAUCAUCGUCGGCGCCCUGAAGGCGGCCUCCAAGCUGCUGGCGCGGUACGGCAAGAUCCGCCACGAUCAGUUCGCCGACUUCCACGUCUCCAAGGGGAUCCUGUACCGGAUGGUGCAGAUCGGAUUCCCGCAGAUGUGCGUCCUCUGCCUGUGGGAGUUCACGCAGCAUGAUUCGGCCGCGGAGGUCCUCCUGGCCGCCGUGAUGCUGCUGUCCGUGAUCGGGGCCCUGGGCUGGGCGGCGGUCAAGGUGAUCCUCAUCGCGCGCAACUCGGUGGGGAUGCACCGCAACCCGGCCUAUAUCUUGUACUCGGACGAGAGCUGCCUCAACAAGCUGGGGUUCCUGUACGUGCAGUACCGCGCGACGGCCUACUACUUCCUGGUUCCAGCGAUGACCUACGUCAUCCUCAAGGCGAUGUUCAUCGGCCUGAGCCAGGAGGCGCCGAUCGUGCAGACGGUGGCCCUGGUCAUCAUCGAGACGCUGAUGCUGAUCGGCAUCAGCAUCCUGCGCCCCUGGAUGGACCGCAAGACCAACGGGUACAACAUCGCGAUCGGGGCGAUCAACUUUGUGAAUGCGAUCUUCCUCCUGUUCUUCUCGCAGGUGUUCGACCAGCCGGGGAUCGUCACCGGCGUCAUGGGGGUGAUAUUCUUCGUGUACAACGCGGCGUUCGUGCUGGUCCUGCUCGUCCUCGUGCUCGUCACCUCGGCCUUUGCCAUCUUCUCGAAGAACCCGGACCUGCGCUACCAGCCCAUGCGCGACGACCGCGGCUCGUUCAUCAAAUCGCAGAGCCAACUAGGGAUGACGGAGCUGGACGCGUUGGGCUCGACCGCCCGCGGCGAAAGCCCGCUCAAGCGAUUCUACAUGGCCGGCGAAGGGAACGUGUCCUCCAGUGCCACCGGUCUUGGGGCCGCGGGCGCAGGAAUCCCCGGUAGCCGCAGCCGCGACAGCAUUCCCAGCCAUCGCAGCUCCGCCUCGCCAACCACGCGCUCCUCCCUCGUGCCCAGCACCGCAAGGGGGCCUAGUCCCGUGGGCCAAGUGGACUCGCCAGCCGCGGAUGGUGCUUCUGGGCGCGCCAAGCAUGUCAACGCAUGAUCUCUUUUUUUGUUUGAUGGAGUUUCAUUUGACGAUUUAGCUGAAUUGAUUUGAUUGCGAUGGGAUGAAGGCGUUGAAAUUCGAGAUUUGUUGACUGGGAUCUUGCUUGGGCUUUUUACAGAUGUUGAUAUUCGCUUUUUCGAAUCUGAAAAGUCGAUUUGCUG